UUAGAUUCAUCUGUAGAAGAGGAUAUUUGCCAGCAAGCUAGUGGUGGAGAAGGAAAUAGAGACAUACAAGGGGUAAUUCAUGGGCACGUAAUAUCGAGUGGACAAGAGAUUUUCAAUGAGCUUGACGACGUCAAUGGUGAAGCAGUGGAAACAAGACAAGGCAAUGUUCAAGGGAGAAAGAAAAGGACCCUAACUAAUGCUGAACGUUGGGCAGUUUACCAUGCUUUGUUGGAGAAAAGUGUAAAUGGUAAAUUGAAAAAGAAUACAACAAAAGAAGUGAAAGAUAUGUUCAAUAUUGAGGAGGUGCGAAUAGUUCAAAGAAUAUGGAGAAUUCACAAGAGCACUCCACCAGGCUCAGAUGUGGAUGCUUCAUCGAGAAAGGCACGAAACUGUGGUCGUAAACGAAUUGAGAAUUCAACAGAUAGAGUGGCAUCAACGAACAACACUUACAUUUCUUUC